AUGGAUACUUCUUACUAUGAUCCCCCGGAUGGAAUGCUAGGACUCGGCGUGCGACGACUUAAAGCCCGCCCUUCGCUGCUGGAACUGAUCGCGCGUCACGACGAGGGAGUUGGUUCGAGGUCGUCAUCACCGCCUGAACUAUCUGGACUAGACUACCUGGACAGCCCGCAACUGCCACCGCUCCCCGUCUCGCCCACUUCAUCAUCCUGCAGCCACAGCUCCUCCUCCUCUUCUUCUCCUCCUUCCCCCAUCCAUCCCUCCCCCUCCCCCGCCCUGUCCACUCCUGCUAUCCACCUCCCUACUCCACGCAUCAUGGCCCCCUCCGCUGAUGCUGGCGAGUCCCAGCAUGGCUCCGUCUUCUCCGUCUCCGGUCCCGUCGUCGUGGCCGAGCAUAUGAUCGGCUGUGCCAUGUACGAGUUGUGCCGUGUCGGUCAUGAUCAGCUCGUCGGUGAGGUCAUUCGGAUCGAUGCCGAUAAGGCCACUAUUCAGGUCUACGAGGAGACAGCUGGUUUGACGGUCGGCGAUCCGGUCUUGCGGACAGGAAAGCCCCUUUCGGUCGAGCUAGGCCCCGGUUUGAUGGAAACAAUUUACGAUGGUAUUCAGCGGCCUCUGAAGGCGAUUUACGACCAGUCCAAGGGUAUCUACAUCCCCCGUGGUAUUGCGGUCAACGCGCUGGAUCGGGAGAAGAAGUGGGACUUUACGCCGGGCAAGUACAAGGUCGGCGACCACAUUACCGGAGGUGACAUCUGGGGUACCGUUGCCGAGAACAGCCUGGUGAACGACCACAAGAUCAUCCUCCCUCCCCGCGCCAGAGGUACUAUCACCCGCAUAGCCGAGGCUGGAAGCUACACGGUCGAGGAGAAGCUGCUGGAAAUCGAGUUCAAUGGCGUCAAGACGGAACACAGUAUGAUGCACACCUGGCCCGUCCGUGUGCCCAGACCCGUGAACGAGAAGCUGUCGUCCGACGCCCCCUUCAUUGUCGGCCAGAGAGUCCUGGACUCCCUGUUUCCCAGUGUCCAGGGUGGUACCGUGUGUAUUCCCGGUGCCUUCGGAUGUGGUAAGACUGUCAUCUCGCAGAGUGUGUCCAAGUUCUCCAACAGUGAUAUCAUCGUCUACGUCGGUUGUGGUGAGCGUGGUAACGAGAUGGCUGAGGUCUUGAUGGAUUUUCCCGAGCUCUCCAUUGAAGUCGAUGGCCGCAAAGAACCCAUUAUGAAGCGUACCUGCCUGAUCGCCAACACCUCCAACAUGCCCGUCGCUGCCCGUGAGGCCUCCAUCUACACCGGUAUCACGAUCGCCGAGUACUUCCGUGACCAGGGUAAGAAUGUGGCUAUGAUGGCGGAUUCCAGUUCCCGCUGGGCCGAGGCCCUUCGUGAAAUUUCCGGUCGUUUGGGUGAGAUGCCCGCUGACCAGGGUUUCCCGGCCUACCUGGGUGCCAAGCUGGCUUCCUUCUACGAACGUGCGGGCAAGAGUACCGCUCUCGGAAGCCCCGAGAGAAUCGGCAGUGUCAGUAUUGUCGCUGCCGUCAGUCCUCCGGGUGGUGAUUUCUCGGACCCUGUCACCAGUAGUACCCUGGGUAUUGUCCAGGUGUUCUGGGGCUUGGACAAGAAAUUGGCCCAGCGGAAGCAUUUCCCUUCGAUCAACACGUCGAUCUCCUACAGCAAGUACACGACGAUUUUGGACCGGUACUACGAGAAGCACCACCCCGAGUUCCCUCGCCUGCGUGACCAGAUCCGUGAGCUGCUGACCAAGUCGGAAGAUCUGGACCAGGUUGUGCAGCUGGUCGGUAAGGCCGCUUUGGGUGACUCGGACAAGAUCACCCUGGACGUGGCUGCCAUGGUCAAGGAUGAUUUCCUGCAGCAGAACGGCUACAGUGACUACGACCAGUUCUGCCCCCUGUGGAAGACCGAGUACAUGAUGAAGGCUUUUAUGGGCUACCACGACGAAGCCCAGAAGGCUGUGGCCCAGGGUCAGAACUGGGCCAAGGUUCGCGACGCCACAACCGACAUUCAGAGCGCACUGCGGAGCAUGAAGUUCGAGGUGCCGACCAACGAGGCCGAAGUUUCCGAGAAGUACGAGAAGGUCCUCCAGUCCAUGACGGAGCGUUGCCUUGUUGAAUUCGAGAAGGUUCCGAUUGUGGUGUGCGCGGGCACGUCGGUUUGCCACCGUCAGGGUCCCCGGUUAGGGAUAAACGUCAACGAUCCCAGCCUGAUCUCGCUGGUGAACAAGCUGCAGGAUGUCUUUGCGACUGUCGGGGUUCACAACCCCAUCGAUCUGCCCCAGAUUGCCGUCGUCGGUUCGCAAUCCAGCGGAAAGAGUUCCGUCCUAGAGAACAUUGUCGGUCGGGAUUUCCUCCCCCGUGGUUCUGGAAUUGUCACUCGGAGACCCCUCGUCCUGCAACUGAUCAACAAGCCCGCUGGUUCGCAAACAAAUGGCGUCAAGGACGAGCCCCUGGAGACGACGGAUAAGGAGGCCAAUCUGGACGAGUACGGCGAGUUCCUCCACAUUCCCGGCCAGAAGUUCUACGAUUUCAACAAGAUCCGCGAGGAGAUUGUCCGCGAAACCGAGUCCAAGGUCGGUCGCAACGCCGGUAUCUCGCCUGCUCCCAUCAACCUGCGCAUCUACUCGCCCAAUGUCUUGACCCUCACGCUGGUCGACUUGCCCGGUUUGACCAAGGUCCCUGUGGGUGACCAGCCCAAGGAUAUCGAGCGUCAGAUCCGCGACAUGGUCCUGAAGUACAUCAGCAAGCCCAACGCCAUCAUCUUGGCAGUCACCUCGGCCAACCAGGAUCUGGCCAACUCGGAUGGUCUGAAGCUGGCGCGGGAAGUCGACCCGGAGGGUCAACGCACGAUCGGUGUGUUGACCAAGGUGGAUUUGAUGGACGAGGGUACCGACGUUGUGGAUAUUCUUGCGGGCAGGAUUAUCCCUCUGCGUCUGGGAUACGUGCCGGUCGUCAACCGUGGUCAGCGUGAUAUCGAGAACAAGCGGCCUAUCACAUACGCCCUGGAGCACGAGAAGAACUUCUUCGAAGGCCACAAGGCUUACCGGAACAAGGCCUCAUACUGCGGAACGCCUUAUCUUGCCAGAAAGCUGAACCUGAUCCUCAUGAUGCAUAUUAAGCAAACCCUCCCGGACAUCAAGGCGCGCAUUUCCUCCUCUCUCCAGAAGUACACCUCAGAGCUGUCGCAGCUCGGCGACUCGAUGCUCGGAAACAGUGCCAAUAUUAUCCUAAACAUCAUUACAGAAUUCAGCAAUGAGUACCGGACGGUGCUCGAGGGAAGCAACCAGGAGCUGUCCAGCAUCGAGCUGUCGGGUGGUGCUCGUAUCAGCUUUGUGUUCCACGAGCUCUACGCCAACGGUGUCAAGGCGGUCGAUCCAUUUGACCACGUCAAGGACAUUGACAUCCGAACCAUCCUCUACAACUCGUCUGGUCCCUCCCCCGCACUGUUCGUUGGCACGACCGCCUUCGAGUUGAUUGUGAAGCAGCAGAUCAAGCGCCUGGAGGACCCUAGCUUGAAGUGUAUCUCUCUGGUUUACGACGAACUUGUCCGCAUUCUGGGUCAGCUCCUGAACAAGCAGCUGUUCCGGAGGUAUCCCAUGCUGAAGGAGAAGUUCCAUGCGGUGGUUGUUGGUUUCUUCAAGAAGUGCAUGGAGCCGACCAACAAGCUGGUUCACGACCUGAUCUCCAUGGAGGCAUGCUAUAUCAACACGGGACACCCUGAUUUCCUGAACGGACACCGCGCUAUGACAAUUGUCAACGAGCGUCAAAGUGCUGGAAAGCCUACUCAGGUCGACCCGAAGACGGGCAAGCCUCUGCCUCCGCGGGCCAACAGCCCGUCGGUUGAGGUUGCCGUCGAUAACGGCAACUCCGGUGGGUUCUUUGGCAGCUUCUGGGCUUCAAAGAACAAGAAGAAGAUGGCUGCCAUGGAGCCGCCGCCGCCGACCCUUAAGGCGUCUGCGUCUUUGUCGGAGCGGGAAAGCGUGGAGGUUGAGGUCGUCAAGCUCCUGAUUACAUCGUACUACAACAUCGUGAAGCGGACUAUGAUCGACAUGGUUCCGAAAGCCAUCAUGUACAACCUUGUCCAAUUUACCAAGGACGAGAUGCAGCGCGAGCUCCUCGAGAACAUGUACCGCAACAGCGAGCUGGAUGAACUUCUGAAGGAGAGCGACUACACGGUGCGUCGGCGGAAGGAGUGCCAGCAGAUGGUGGAGAGCCUGUCCCGGGCCAGCGAGAUCGUCAGCCAAGUGCAGUGAGAAGGUUGGAUGGUUAGUUUUGAUCUAUACACCGGUGCUUUCUGACCUGCUGGAGCCAGUCUUUUGGGUCUGUCGGAGGAGUUAUCCUGAUUAUAUUUCUUCUGCCAGGGUCUGGGCGGCAUGAUGAGGUUGCCAAGAUUUCACGAAUUUGUAUCGCCUAAUGAUUGUGGAUGAUUGCGGUUUUAGAAUUCAGACAGUUGCAGCUUAGUGCAUGUAUAGUAGCUGUAGAUAGCCGAUGGCUUAAUAUGCAAUAUGCUAUAUUAAUAUUAC